AUGUCCGCCUCAGAAACCACCGCGUGGCUAUCCGAGAAAAGGUCCGGGCAAUCUACCACCUCACCGGCCCCGUCACAAUGUCGAUUUUCAACGACGCAAAAAUACCAGAAUAUGAAGAAUUACUUUCGACGGCAGAUAGAAAAAUUGCAUAGAGAAAAUGGUGAGUUUUCGGGGUCUGAAGCAGUCAACAUACUUGAAGAAUAUCUCCAAGCAAACCGCGAGCAGUUUUCUGCUCAUGUGGUGAAAAGAGAAAACGCAGUAAAGGUACUUGACAUGUGGUUGCGCGAGAAUGUUAUAAGUCCAUUAAACAGCAACUACAAAGACCCCCCAUCACUUUUUCAAGACAGCAAACGAUCUAUGUACGUAAUGAACCGAGACGAAGAUCACAAGUUGUACAUCUGCGCAUCUCCCAUGAACACUAACAGAGAGAGCAGUAGGCGCCCGUCAAGAAGCAGUUCAUUCAAGAGGUUUUUCUCUCCUGGUAGAUCAAAAUGUCCCGAAGCAGCGACAAACUCACAGGAUGUGGUGGUUUCUCGUUCACCAUCGUCGAUUAGUGUUGGAUGUGAUUCAGUGCAAGCCGUUAACUUUGUACUGAAUCCAGUACAAAAGUUUGUAACAAAUACAGUGCAACAAAAAACACAAAGUCGUCCCUUAGCAGAGGAAGUUCGGUUGCAUGACGCCGCUCUCUUUCGACUUCUUACCAUAGUUGAUGUCCCUAUGCUUGAUGACAUAACAAGUCUUCCCGGGCAUGAGUCGAAAAGUGUCUCAAUUCUAUCCUCAAUACUCUCAAAAAUGGGCUUCAGCGCCGUCUCUGCUGCAGUCCUGCACUUUAAAGAUGAAGAAGAAAUGGAUGAUCUUUUGCACAACACCCCAGCGAUUAAACCGAUAGUGCCGUGGUUCCAAAUGGCUCGCAUCUGCGCACCCACGCUUCAUUUCAAAUCUAGUGGAAGUGCAAAACCUAGCAAGACGGAAGUUCACAACUGGGCUAAACAAUCACUUCAAGCGGUUUCUAGUCGCUAUUCCUCAAUCACGCACCGUGGCUCAUCCCCGCUGAUUCCAACCGAAUUCACCUCCAUCCUGGAGGCUAUCGUUAAUCAAUUACUCGGCAAGAAGGGCAAAAAGACCAAACUGGCUUUGCAAUAUCUCUGCCUCAUGAUCCCCCAACAAGUACGUUCCCAUCUUGUUAAUGUCGUGCACUUCCUCCUUCGCACGAUAGGAACUGACGAAUACAUGUCUAUUAGGAGCCCUUUCUAUCUGGGAAAAAAGGGUGACAAUGAGAACUUUGAAGUCGUUCUGAAUGAACUUCGCCCCUUCAUCUUUCCGCAAAGUAUAGAAAUACCGGAUCAAAACAGCAUUGUCGAGGUUUUGAUGCAGUUGCAAAAAGAAGGAUCACUAGGAAAAGAGACGCCAGAAUUGACAUCUGACCUGCAAAAUAUGAGUUGUAGAGCGAAUGCAGAUAAAGCAACAGUUCCGAUUCGAUACUGUGAAGCUGAAUCGUCUGUGAAAGGAUUUGACGUUGACGCUGAGUUAGCUCGUGCUCUGAGUGCUAUCAUAGACGAUCCUCGGAUAACUUUAGCUGAAAAACAGAAGAAAUGUGAGCUUUUCAAGCAGCAUCAUCCAAAGAUGUACAGGAGAUACUUUGCUCAUCUUUCAUGGUAACUUGUGCUUCUAACGAUUUCGUAUGCAUGACCUAUCGCUCAUAUUCUUUUUUUCUUUGAAUAGCAUUAAUUCAGAUAAUUAUGGUCUACUCAGAUUUAAUUUUUGUUAGCAUAAAUUCAUGAUACUUAACCGUAGCCAUUUACAUAAAUAUGAUGCAUUAUCGCCAUCUUAAACGUGAUUCACGUUGUUUCCUUCUUGUGCAUCAUUCUAAUCGCAUAAUCUUCUAGGUCAAGAUUUUCUUGCUAUUUUUACUGAUUCAAAAGCUUGUAAUAUUCCUAGAACAACGAAUUGAGUUAGAAUCUGAUUAUAUAGAAUAUAUGCCGAUGAUGAUCUCUCAAGUCUGCAGUGCUUACUCAGGGGUCACAUCAGAUGACGCUUGC